AUGCUCAGCCGAAAUCUUGGACUACGCCAGUGGGACGAGCGCUUUCGGAACAUGGCAGUGUAUGGCUACUUCAAGGGGUCGGAGAGGCUGCCUUCUCCCAACGAGAGCAACAUCUUCAUCGAGUCAUACCCUGAUGGUUGGGUCUGGAACAUCCCGCUGUGCGGUGACCUGAGCAGUGUCGGGGUCGUAGUCGACUCUCAGCAAGGUGUGCACCUGGCGAUGAUGUCGGCGGUUAUGGCUGCCGCUUACAUUGACGCAGCCCGGGGGGACCCGUCCAUACGAAGCCCGGCGGCAGAUAUCUAUCACGAGCUGUACCACAAGGAGUACAGCCACUUCAGGGAACUGGCUGCCCUUUUCUAUGCGAGCAACAGGACUGUCGAGUCGUAUUUCUGGGAGAGUCGUCGAAUUCUCGGAGCAUCGGAUGAUGAGGGCGCGCGCGCGUCUUUCAUACGUGCCGUUGCCGGACAGUCUGUGCGAGGGGAGGCGCUCCAGGAGCCGAUCAUUUCGGUCCGGGGGGACAGGUUCGUUGUGCCGGUGAGGGCCGAUAGACGACACCGAGUGUCCGGGAUCGUCCAUGACGCUUCGAACACCGGGGCGACGGUCUUCGUGGAGCCUUUCACGACGGUUGAACUCUGCAACGAGUGGCGGGAGCUUGCGCUAGAAGAGGAGCGAGAGGUCAACCGUGUGCUGCGAGACCUCUCAAGUCUUGUCGGCGCCGUUGCCGGCGACAUCAGGAGCGCCAACCGGACCACGGCUAUGCUGGACCUCGCGCUCGCCCGCGCCCGAUACAGCCGCCGACUGGACGCGGUCACUCCGGCAUCGGCCGGCUCCGGACAGCGCCUGAGGCUGAUCCGCGCCAGGCAUCCUCUGCUGGACAGCGACGCUGCCGCUGACCGCGCACAUAGGGCCCGACUGGUCGGCGCUCGUGAUAACCGGACCCAACACAGGCGAGUCGCUGUGCUGCUGGAUGAGAUUGGCACCAGCACAGACCCUGAAGAGGGGUCGGCCUUGGCAAAAGCGGUGAUCUCGCAUCUCGCGCACAAAGGCGCAGCUACAAUUGUGACCACUCAGCACAGGACCGUCGCCGCGUUCGCAGACGGGUCGGGCGACAUGAUGAACGCGAGUUUCCAGCUCGAUCCGGAAACGCUCAGGCCGACGUACGAGAUGACCAUAGGAGCGCCCGGCAGGAGCUAUGCGAUGGCGGUCGCGGAGCGUCUGGGAAUACCAAGUCAAAUCCUGGACGAAGCGCGGAGCAUGAUAGAGCCGCAGCACCUACUGUUCGAGGACUGGCUGAACGAGCUUCAGCGGGAGCGGCAGCAACUUCAGACGAACGUCGAGCAGACGGCUGUAGCCAAGGCCGAGGCGGAGUCACUGCGGCAGGAGCUAGAGCGACAGGUCGACUUCCUGGUAAGUCACAGAGACGACAUGAUUGAGACUGCGCGAAGGAGCGUCAUCCAGCGAUUCCGUGAGAUUAGCCGGCGGCUCGAUGGCGCCGAGGCGUCGUUGCGAUGGGCAGUGCCAACGGUUGCAGGUGGCGGACCUCCGCCGACACUCGACCGAGUAGAGAGGAUUCGGCGCGAUUUGGCAUCGGUCGAGAUUCCGGUGCCUGUACCGACCCAACGACCACAGCCUGUGUCGCGCCCACUCGCGGAAGGCGACACGGUGUUCAUCCGUGGCAUGAACCUCACGGGACGAAUAGUGGAGUUUCACCGGCAGAGCGACGAGGUUGAAGUCAGCAUCGGCCGCGUGCGCGUGAACGUCGAUCUUCACAGGUUGUCGCGAGUGGACAGCGAGCCGGAAGAAGAAGCCGACGCCGACACACCUCGCGUGACAACCGAUCUCGCCCCGCCAUUGGAGAGCGCCGAACUGGACCUGCGAGGAGUGCGUGCGUGGAUGCAGGUCAACCUGGGACGAGUGUUUCGGGCCGUGCCAGCCGCGACGGACUGUGCCAAGUGUACGGUAAUCCACGGACGCGGAACUGGAGUGCUGAGGAACGUGGUACGCGAUCACCUUCGUUACCACAGGGCCGUUAGCGACUUCGGCCCAGAACCGAGGGAACAUGGCGGGGACGGGGCGACCUGGGGUCGCAUAUUGCCUGACCGUCAAGACGGGCGGCUAUGA